UGGAAAUAGAGUGAAUGUUUUCGAACGGUCGUAUUUCGUGCAGUGACUUCUUUGGUGUACAGCAAAAUAUGGAUAAUUCUGCGUAUGUGCCGAAUCAUCUACCGCCGCCAUCCCUGGUCGUGUUUUCACAGGCCGGGGGGCUGCCGGAGGCUCUGAGAAUGCAAAGACCCUUCAAUCCACAAGUGACCGACUCGAAGGAUCUGCAAGUGCCGUUCAGCACCGCGGCCUCCCUCGGCUACGGCCUGCAUCAUAUGCUCCACUUGCCGCCGCAAUUCCUGCACCCGUUGGAUCACCGUUUGCCAUUCGGAGGGUUCAGGCCCAUCGGACCAUCGGCGUUCGCUCCGCCGAGCAAGUGUCUAAAGGUCGAGACCGGAAACGGCCCGGUGUCCGGCUCCGGGCUGCCGAGUAUCAGUUCCCUCUCGAGCAUGUCCAACAUGUUCUCGCCGUCGUCGUUGUCUUCUGCCAGCGGAGGCGCUGUAGUGUCCGUGUCAGGAGCGACCGCGAGCAUCGGAGGCGUUGGAGGCGUCGGAGGAGGCGCGAGCGCCGCGACGGCACAGGAAGUCGCACCUCAGAGCCCUGCCGGAUCUACCAGCCGAUCGCCCACGGGAACCGGAACCGGAUCGGUCCCUAAUCGCGGCACCACUCCCGAGGACGAGGAUCGCGAUGCGAACGCUACACCCGGAUCAGAGAACACCGAGCGUUCCACGCCUGAGGAGGGACGCCCGUAUCGACCGUCAGCCCUGCCCUUCUACGUUUCCUCCUGGGGUGACGAUUUACAGGGGCCGAUGACACAGCUUCCCCUAAUCCACAUUCCAAUUGCUUGUACUCGCUGUUCUACGGUAGACAG